AUGCCGCGUCUUCUAAAAAAGGCUUGGUUAAAAUUGGGUGUCUACAAUCUUUAUUAUUUUCUUGAUCUUGAAGUUCAAUCUAAUGAGAAAGGUUUGUUUCUCAGUCAUACAAAGUAUGCUCUUAAUCUCUUGCAGCGUGCUUCAAUGAUUGAUGCAAUUCCUAUCUCUACACCUUUUGUUGUCGGACAACACCUCUCAAUUGAAGGAAAGAUGUUCUCUGACCCUACUAUGUUUCGUUCUCUUACUGGUGCUCUUCAGUACUUGACCAUCACCAGACCUGAUCAGUCCUUCAGUGCGAAUCCAAUUUUCCAAUUCAUGCACGCGCCCACAAAGGGCCACUUUUGUGCCCUUAAACGUAUUUUGCGUUAUGUAAUAGGCACUCCUCAUCAUGGACUUCAACUCCAUAAACAGUCUAGUCAUGACCUUCUUGCCUACUUUGAUGCGAACUGGGCUGGAUUCUCUUGGUCCUCUAAGAAACAAAGCAUCAUUUCUCGUUCAAGUGCUGAAGCAGAAUAUCACUCCUUAGCCAUUGCAACUGCAGAUAUUGCUUAG